GAAGUCUGUCUCUUUGGAUGGUUAGGUUUAGGUUAAGCCCACUGCGGAAUUGUUUUGAUUUGAUAGCUGGUGGUAAAUAAUUGCUUGUUUCCCACGCUGUGUUUGUUUAUGUUCAUUCGCCCACAAUGGUUCUUACGAAGGAGUAUAGAAUUUGCAUGCCACUCACUGUAGAGGAGUACAAAAUUGGCCAACUGUACAUGAUAGCCAGGUACAGUCAUGAACAAUCUGAUUCUGGAGAAGGUGUGGAGGUUAUUUGCAAUCAGCCAUGUGAAGAUCCUGUUCAUGGUGAGGGACAGUUUACUGAAAAGCGCAUUCAUCUGUCAAAUCGUCUUCCUUACUGGGUGCAGGCAAUGAUACCAAAGGUGUUUUAUAUUACUGAAAAGGCCUGGAAUUACUAUCCCUACACCAUAUCAGAAUAUACAUGCUCUUUUAUUCCCAAACUCCAUAUCCAAGUUAUUACUCGAUAUGAAGACAACAAUGGCACAACCCACAAUUGUCACAAGUUAACUCCUGAAGAAUUAGCUGAACGAGCUGUAGAUUUUGUGGACAUUGCAUAUGAUGAAAUUGGACCAAAGCAUUAUAGAGAAGAAGAGGAUGUCAGAUAUUUUCAAUCUCAGAAAACAGGCCGGGGACCCUUGGUGGAAGGUUGGAAAAACUCAUCUCAGCCUGUAAUGUGCUCUUACAAAUUAGUGAAAGCAUCCUUUGAGGUGUGGGGCCUGCAAACUAAAGUUGAAGAACUCAUUCACAAGUACACCAGGGAAGCACAAGUGCUGGCUCACCGACAGGCCUUUGCAUGGAUUGAUAGCUGGAUUAGUAUGACAUUGGAUGAAGUGCGUGAAUAUGAAGCCGAAAUGCACAUGGAAACUAAUGCUAGAGUUGCUCAGGCAGGCAUACUCUCCCCUCGACGGUUGUCGCUUGUUAACUCUCUGAAUGAUUCUGAUGAAGCUGUUGAGGGUGUAACACCGUCCCAGUAUAUCUCAGCAUCACCCACAUCAAAGUCACCUACUCCAAAAUCUCCUAGCGGACCUCAAACUCCAACAAGCCCAUCAUCUCUGAAGUCCUGGCUCCCUUGGUCCUAAACUGAAUAGUAUUUUAAUUAUUUUUUGUCCUGGUGUUGUUUGGGUGUUUGUCCCCAUAAAAAAAAGUAUUUUACCGUAAACUUUGUGAAGAGAGCCUUGCUUUCCCUGGAUCCGUUUUUUUAAGAGACUGCAAUUCCUUUCUAACUUAUAAUUUAAUUGACUCUUCAAGGUAAGAAGACUUGGAGUUGGGCUGUGAAAUUAGUUAUUUUCUGGCUAGUUCUCUCUAUCUAGUGUUCAGGAAGGUAGAUGUAUCAUUAGUGUGUUCAUCAAAAUUUUAGUUUAAUCCUGAACUUUUCAAUGUUUAUGUGCAUCAAAAUUUUCCACGCUAUUCAUUAACAUUGUUGUGUUUGCCAACCCUUUCCACAUUCAAAAUAUUUCCAGCACAAAAAAAAAGGAAAAGAAAGAACCAGUUCUUCAAAGCAGAAGAAACUUUAUUUUUAGAGCCAUUAAAGAAUGUUUCUUCAUGUUGAUGGAUGUGCCUUCUUUAAAUAGUUCUGCUUUAUCUCUCUUUGCUGAUCUUGUUUGGGGAAAAUAUAUUUCAAAAUUCUCAUUAUUGUGAUAACUUUUAUAGAAAUGUACGCAAUAAUAUGGGUGUUAAAAUAGAUACCAGAUCACCAAGACGUUUUAGUUGUUUCCAUGAUAAUAUUAUAUAUUUUUAAUGAGUACUCUUGCUAUCUCUUUUAACUCCUCUAGUUUGAUAUUAUAUAAUCAACAUAUCUAGUGUUCAUUCUCCUGUAAAGGUUUGCAAAACAGAUGUAAGUGUGUACAAUCAUAAGAACAAUAAUGGCCUAGUUCCUGCUUUUAAAAAAAAAUGUAUUUGUAAUUAUCAGAUAAUGUUAUCCUGCCCUUGCAGAGAAUUGAGUCUUUGCUUAACUUGCUUAUUGCAUCACAUUUUCCCUUUUAAUUAUUUUAUCUGAAAGCUAACAAAAACUUUCUUUUGUAUUACUUUCGAUUUCCCUUUAACAACUUUAGUUCUUAUGAUUGGCGUAAUAAUCUGUACUGAAAACGAUGUGUGCUGGAGCUUGUAGUACCCAGGUUUAAAAUAUUUUUCUGGUUAGUGCAUGGUACAUAAUCUAGUCCUUUGUUGUGAAACUUUUUGUUAAAUGUUCAAUCACAAGGCUCUGUUUUAUGAGCUAUGAUACUUCAAUCAAGGUACAAUAUCUAAAGUUGGUGAACACUGAACCUGAACAUUGUGAGACUUAUGGUUGCCAAACAUUUCAUAUAUUCCCAUGAUGAUUGCUUCUGUUUUAAAUGAGCAAGUACAAAGAUAUUUGUAUAAAUGUUCUAGGUUUGAUCUAUGUGAUGAAAGUACUUCUGUUCCUAAUUAUUUAUUCAUUGGUAUUUAUUGUAUGUAGUUCAUCAAAAUUCGUAUGUGAAUACUCUGUUUUUUGUGAUACUAUACCUGUUUGGUGAGUAGUGUUUGAGUAUUGUGUAAAACAGUAUUUCAAUUUCUGUUUGUCAGUUUGAGGUAACAGUGACAUUCGUUUCUUUUUGAGUGUAUGAUGGGAAUUGGCUAAUAGAAGCACUUUGCUUUGUUGGUCAAAGGUUUUGUGAUUUUAGUAGUGAAUCUCCCUUUCGCAGGGUUAUUUGCAUCACCUUGAUGCCUUUGUUAUUUUAAUCUUUUUUUUUGUGUUGCUUCCAAGAAUAAAGCAUGGUAAAACAAA